AUGAAGUUUGUGAAAAGUGUGCAGGCGGCGGCUGCCAUGGGCGGUAUUUUUGCGCCAAAGGACGUUGAUGUUGACAGCAUAAGUUCUGUUCGCAACGUCGCCUCUACACUUGCUUACGAGACCAUGACGUACUACUCGGGCAAUACAACAGAUCCCAAGUCGAGGGAUUUUGGAAAUGUCAAGAAACCAUAUUACUGGUGGGUAGCUGGUGCUCUUUUCGAAGCCUUGUUGGAUUAUUACCACUACACGCUUGAUCCCAGCUACAACGGCGUUGUCAUCCAGGCCCUGCUGGCCCCUACCAACCUGGGUCCCAAGAAGGACUACAUGCCUCCUGAGCAUGCCGACGAAGAAGGCAACGACGACUUGUUCUUCUGGGGCUCGGCCGUCCUGACGGCCGCCGAGCGCAACUUUCCACAGCCCAACCCAGACCUCCCCUCGUGGCUCGACAUUGGGAUCAACGUCUUCAACCAGCUCGUCGGCCGUUGGGACACGACAAAGUGCGGCGGCGGUCUUUUCUGGCAGAUCCUGGAGAGCAACCCCAACGGUUUGAAGUACAAGAACUCUGUCAGCAACGGCGGCUUCUUCCAACUUGCCGCACGCUUGGCUCGCGCGACCGGUAACAGUACCUACCUCGAUUGGGCCGAGAAGAUCUGGGACUGGAAUUACCAAGUCGGCUUCAUUGACAGCGAGACCUUGCAAGUUUAUGAUGGCGCUGACAUCGGCACCGACUGCAAGAAGACGAACAAGAAGUCCUUCUCGUACACGACCGGCAUCUUCCUCUACGGCGCUGCAGUCAUGCACGUGCACACCGGCAAGCCGGAGUGGAAGGAGCGGACUGAGAAACUAUUCAGGCAGGGGGCCAAGAUUUUCUUCACCGGCAACGACAAGAACAUCAUGUGGGAGUUUGAGUGUGAACAGACAAACUCGUGCAACUACGACAUGGUCAUUUUCAAGGCCAUCCUCGCUCGCUUCAUGUGGAAGACGUCCCGCAUCACGCCCUCGCUCAGCCCGGACGUCAAGUCUCUGCUCGUCUCGACCGUCAAAGCAGCCGUCGCCACUUGCACAGGCGGCGAGAGCGGCCGCCAAUGCGGAUUGAGAUGGUACGAAGGGGGCUUCAGCGGCGAACCGACUCUCGGGCCCCAACUGUCUGCUCUGGAACUCGUCCAGGGUCUUCUCGUCCAAGGCUCUCCCGCGCCCCUCGAGGCCAAGGACAUCCGGUGGAACAAAAAAGCCGACUUCAAGCCCAUCGACAUAUACGCCAAUAACCUCGCCUUGUCGAGCAAGCGCGAGGUCUCGACCCCUUCUUCCUCUCCUGACCCCGUAACUACCUCUUCCCCUGACAACGGGAGGGAGCCUAGGAAAUCCGAGUCACCCGCCGUUGCUGUCAGCAGCUGGGCCAUGCUGGCCCUGGCGUCGGCAAGCAUCGUCGCAGUCUGGGGUCUGACGUAG